UUAACCAGCAAAGCUGUCCUCUGAUUGGUCUUUUUCACUUCCGCUGUUGAAUAACACUACCGGUGCAGUGUUUUUGCUAGCUGGUCUUGCACGCAUUUGUGUAAAACAUUUAAAAGGAAGGUGACUUUGCUUUGCUACUUUGUACCACCGGUCCUCUGAUGACUUUUUGAUGGCCAAAAGACGUGCUGAAGAAACUGUGUUCCUCGACUCUCCCAGUAAAAGAAAAUACUUACCUCCGCUCUGCGGUGUUGACAUGCAGCUGGAGAGCAUGGCCCAAGCCGGGGGUGUGAGCCCCCAGUCCCUGCUGACUUUGUUGGGGAGUCGCUGCAGAAAAAGGCCUUGUUGUUUCGAGAACGAAGAAGCAGAUUUUGGUCCAAAGAUUUUACUCUCGGGAUCUGGAAAGCAUGCAAAGGAUGUUUUGAAGGAGACGUCUUCUGGAAGUUUCCAGGACGAGAGGAUGUCCUGCUCACUUUCAAGAAAUAAGCGACCCCGAGAGGACAGUGUUGGUUCAGACUCUGUUACACCGACAGGAAAUGCUAAAACAGUAGAGGACUCGCCUGAUGAAGAUGACACUUUUAACUCCUUUCAGUACUGGAGGGUCCCCUUACCUGAACUUGACCUUUCACUGGUAGAAGACGCUAGGGACCAUUCCCAAACAAAAGACAAGUCCAAAGAAAAUUACACAACUGCGGAUGCAAUGGAGAGCUGAAGAUGUUGAACGCUUUAGGUCUUUUACUACCUGAGCAAAGUAUGAUGCUGUUAAGCAUAUAGAUGUGUCAGAACACAUUUAGGUGUAAAGGAGAUUAAAGGUGUCUCCUACAGUGAAACAGUCUCUUGCAUGGUGUAGGGUCUCAGUGACUUUAGGAGAACCUUUGUGAAGCAGCUCUUGGCCCUCCUGAACCUUUAGGUACAACAGGUUUAUAAAAGCUGUGCCAGACUGUUCUUUAUUUACACAUACUCCCCUUUUUGUUGCAUAAUCUGUUCUGCCAAUCUGCAGCAGAACCUGUGAAAAAGUUAGCUUGAGCAUCAAAUAAGAGCUGUCUCACCAAUCAAUGCAUCACUCUUGAGUGGGUUCUGGACAUUUUGCCUCUUUGCCAUUUUUUUUUGGCUUUGCAGCUUUGGUCGUAUCAUACCCAACUAUAUACCCAUAAAAAAACAUCUCUCUGCAGGGGGGUCGCUCAGAGUUUCCUCUAUAUGGGGAUCUGAACCACAGUCAGUGGUAACAGGGGUGAUAAAGUCUUAAGUAAAAAAAACAAUACAGAUAAAUUUAAUAUGUGAGAUUUUAGUAAUUGAUUAUAAAGAAAAUUUUGAUAUACAUGUGAACAGUUUUUUUUAUUGGUGAAGAAAAGAGAUAGGUUGGGAUUAGGUGUGGCCAGUGAACGGAUUCAAGAUAUACUGAGAUUUUGAGACGUUAUGUCAAAACAGCUCACAUUUUCUCUCCUAUGGUCAUUAUGAUAUGCUUGAGAAAGUGCCAUACUAACUAGCAGUAUGCAACAUAGGCUUAGGUCACAUUACUCCUCAGCCUGUUGCUGCACACUGACCACCAGAUGGCUGAAACUAGCCUACUACCUACAGGGUGAAAAAACAGCCGGGGUGUUUAGAAAUAUUUAGAAUCCCAAACUGCAAGGACAGACAUGGUGUGGAAACGUCCCGCCCAUCAAUCUUGUUAAGGAAUUUUAAACUUGCAGUACAGUCGGGUCAGUUAGAAGCUGUUUUAAAUAAGCUACUAGAUCAUUCUUUACAUUUUAGUUUUUAAUAAUAAGAUGUAAAGAAGACAUCUUAUUUUUACCCGAGGUCAAACUGUGAGAAUCUAGUUUAAAUAGUCCUAAAGUUCCCUGAGUUGUUGACAAAGGAUCUCACUUUUCAAUGCUGAAUUUAGGAACUUGUGUAUAACUUACUGAAGGAUGCAGUGCAGGACUGGGUUGUCAGUCCUUGUUGUAAAUAAAAACUAUUUUCAGUGCCCAAGUGAAUUUAUUUUUCUGUGACUGGGGUAUAAGAUGCAGGGUUUUGACCGGAAGCACGCUUGUUGAUGUACAGCUGGUCUCUGCGCCUGCAGUCGGUCCUCUGCUGCUGCGAAGCAUGUUUGUGGUCUGAAAGGGGACAGAGCUGCUCUGCUCCGGAGGUGAAACGGGGCUGGCCGUGCAGGAAGGAGGAGACCUCAAGGAUUCUUGGAAAAGCUCGGUGCCCUUUGGACCUGCAGCUGAAUAAGCCCAGCCGACAAGGGUAAUGAUAAAGAGGUGGGAUGUGAAAGAAGGUCUCCGUUUGACUUAAGCAUUUUGUUUAUGUUUUACCCGCAGAGCGCAGCAAUGAAAGGAAAAUCUUGGAUCGAGGAGACCUUCUUCAGAAGGGAGUGCAUAAAGUUCAUUCCUUCCUCUUGGGACCAGCACAGAUGCAUUCCAGUAUGUCAAGUGUGCCAAAGCCUGAUCAGAUGUUGCUGUGGCCGCUUGAUGGGGGAACACUCUUGGCAGGAGUCCUGUCCUCUGACAUCCCUCUAUCCCAGUCCUGGACAGGGCAUGGAGGAGGAGUGGUCCAUGGAGGCUCAUACAAGAGCCAGUCCCACCGACGCCUAUGGGAUUGUAGACUUUCAAGAUACCGCCACACGUGUCUGUCGGGCAAAGUAUGUACGCGUGGGCAUGGACUCCAAGCCAGAGGCGCUGCUCCAGCUGAUGCUGAGGGAAUGGCAGAUGGAGAGACCAAAGCUACUGCUGACUGUCCACGGAGGGUCAGAAAAUUUUAUCCUGCCCCCUAAAGUGAAGCAGGCCUUCAGUAAGGGGCUCAUUACGGCUGCCAUAAGCACAGGAGCAUGGAUACUUACUGAUGGGAUUAAUACAGGUGUGUCUAAGUAUGUGGGCGAGGCAGUGAAGUUAUUUGGAGGCCACAACCUGAGGAAGAGAAACACGAUUGGCAUCACACCAUGGGGAAUGAUUGACAACAACAUGGACCUCAUAGGCAGAGAUGUAUUCAGACCCUACCAACCACUGGGAAACCCUUUAAGCAAGCGAGCCUGUCUUAAUGGCUUCCAUUCCCACUUUCUGUUGGUGGAUGAUGGGACGUUGGGAAAACCUGGUGGUCAGCAAGGCCUCAGGAGAAAACUGGAGAAACAUAUUCAGCUGCUGAAGAUACACCCCCGACUGAACCAGGGAGUGCCUGCACUGUGUGUGGUGGUGGAAGGAGGCCCUGCCAUUGUAUCAACAGUGUUGGAUUAUGUUAGCAAUGUGCCCCCUGUGCCAGUGUUUGUAUUUGAGGGGUCGGGCAAGGCUGCCGACCUCAUCGCCUUCUUACACAAGCAGACUGCUAAUGAUAGGCAGUUGGAUGCUGAUAUUAAAGAAGACUUCCUGGGUAGGAUAGGAGAUGUGUUUGGAGUUGAGGGGACUGAAGCUGCUCACCUGUACACUCUUCUCCAGCAAUGUAUGGAUCACAGACAUUCAAUCACCAUCUUCGACUCUGAGUCAGACGAGCAGAUGGCAACUGAUGCAGCCAUUUUGAAUUCUGUUCUUAAGGGAACCAAAGCCAGUCCAUCAGAGCAGCUGAGUAUGGCCCUGGCCUGGGACCGGGCUGACGUUGCACAGAAAGACAUCCUGGUGUAUGGUCAGCACUGGCAGGUGGGUUCUUUGGAACAAGCAAUGCUGGACUCUCUGGUGAUGGACCGUGUCAGUUUUGUGAAAUUGCUGAUUGACAACGGCAUGACAAUGAGCCGCUUCCUCACUGUGGACCGCCUGGAGGAGCUCUACAACUCACCCCAGGGUCAGACUCGGCGCUUCUUGCAGCACCUUGUUGAAGAUGCAAAACAGACCUCUCUUCCUAUAGGUUACCGUCUGUCUCUCAUUGACAUGGGGUUGGUUAUAGAGUACCUCAUCGGAGGCGCGUAUCGAAGCACCUACACUCGGAAAAACUUCAGAGCUGCCUACAGCCGCAUGCAGGGCAAAGACAGUAGAUGUGACAGCUCAGGUUCCUUUAGUGAACAAAGACAAAGGAUGAGCUUGAAUAAUGGUAGAAGUCAACAAGAUCUGCAUUUCUUCAGAACUGCCCAACCCUACAAAAGCAAAGAUCAGACUGUGUCGACUAGGACCAGUCAUCAGGUGGGAUUGAGUUCAGGCCUUGGCGGCGCCCUGCCGCCCUGUCCUUUCAACUUCAACGACCUGUUUGUGUGGGCUGUGCUCCAGCAACGCCAGCAGAUGGCGCUGUUCUUGUGGCAACAUGGGGAGGAAGCAUUGGCAAGAGCCAUUGUGGGCUGUAAGCUUUAUCGCUCGAUGGCCUUUGAGGUACGGCAGAGUAACAUGGACGACAUUAUUGCAGAGCGAUUCAAGGCAUAUUCAAUUGAGUUUGGUCAGCUGGCAGUGGAUGUGCUAGAUUGUGCAUUUCAGCAGAACGAGCAAAUGGCCAUGAAACUGUUAACCUCUGAGAUGGAGGCAUGGAGUCACUUCACAUGUCUGCAGCUGGCUGUCUCCUCAUGUCAUAGAGCAUUUGUGUCCCACUCCUGCACUCAGACCCUGCUCACAGAUCUCUGGACCGGCCCACUCAACAUGAGAAAAAACUCUUUUCUGAAGAUUAUUUUGAGCCUUCUCCUGCCUCCUGCCAUCUUGCUUCUGGAGUUUAAAAGCAAAGCUGAGAUGUGCCACGUACCACAGAGCCAUGAAACAAUGCUGUUUGGGCUCGAGUCUGCCAAAUCACCGCCAGUCCCUGAGGGAUCCAAUCAGAUGGACAGUCUAGAUGCAGAGCGAGGCCUCCCAUUUUAUAAUAAAACUCUCUGUUGUGCUUCGGAAACCGUGUCCACUGUAUUUGUGCAGUGUCUGUCCUGGAUCACAAAACUCUAUGAUUUUUACACCGCUCCUGUUGUUAAGUUCUGGUUUCACACGAUGUCCUACUUGGGCUUUCUAAUGCUGUUCUCCUACGUCAUCCUGGUGAAGAUGGAGGAUCAGCCAAGUGUUAAGGAGUGGUUAGUUAUUGCCUACAUCAUAUCAACAGCCAUUGAGAAAACCAGAGAGGUUUUAAUGUCUGAACCGAGGAAGCUGAGGCAGAAGCUGAAGAUUUGGUUCUCAGAGUACUGGAACAUAUCAGACUUUGUUGCCAUCCUCCUGUUCCUGGCUGGGCUUUCGAUGCGUUUGCAUGGUGAUCCAUACCGGACUGCAGGGCGCACUGCUUACUGUCUGGACAUCAUUUUCUGGUUUAUCAGAGUUUUGGAUCUUCUGGCUGUCAAUCAGCAUGCUGGACCUUACAUCACCAUGAUCACCAAGAUGACCACUAACAUGUUCUUCAUUGUGGUAAUGAUGGCUAUUGUGCUGCUGAGCUUUGGGGUGUCCAGGAAGUCCAUCUUGUCGCCAGAUCAAGAGCCAUCGUGGAGUCUAGCUCGAGAUGUAGUCUUUCAGCCCUACUGGAUGAUCUUUGGCGAAGUUUACGCAGGAGAAAUUGAUCCAUGUGCUGAGGGUGGUUCGUGUCCUCCUGCAUCUUUCCUACCACCGCUUCUCCAGGCUGUCUACAUGUUCUUCCAGUACAUCAUCAUGGUCAACAUUCUCAUUGCAUUUUUUAACAACAUCUAUUUUGAUAUGGCCUCAAUAUCCAACAAACUGUGGAAGUACAAUCGUUACCGCUACAUAAGAACCUACCAGGAUAGGCCGUGGCUGCCCCCGCCCCUCAUCCUUUUCAGUCAUGUGGUUCUUGCAGUGAGAAGCAUCUACAGGAGAUUUUGUGGAGAUGCUGAGCAAGAUGAGAGGCGCUCUGGGCUAAAACUAUAUCUGGGCCUGAAAGAUAGAAAGAAGCUCUAUGAGUUUGAGGAGAAAUGUGUCGAAGUCUACUUUCGUGAGAAGAAUGAAGAUCUCCACAACACUGAAAUAAACAGAAUCAGAGCCACAGCUGAGAGAGCUGAUGAGCUGUGUGGGAUGGUGGGGGAGGUCUCAGAGAAGGUCCACUUCAUUCAGGACAGCCUGUCGGAGUUGGAUGGUCAGCUUGGUCAGCUUCAGGACCUUUCUGCAUUGGCUGUGGACACCAUCGCUCUGCUUCUUGCCUCUGACAGCCUUCAACAGGAAGAGGCCCGUCUGGCUCAGUGUCGCCGUGUCAAAGAAGCACACCGUCACGUCCUUCCUCACAGCUGGACCCUCCCACACAGGGGAAGAGGAGACUGUGAUGUUUCUAAUGCGCGCCUCCUGAAGAUUGAAGCCUGUAAAAGCACCCCGCCCUCUUUGCUGAAGGGCUUUGCUCUCGAGGCCAGUCAGCGAGCAUUGCAGGAGCCCUACGUCGGAAUCAAAGAAGGCAAAGAAGGAAAAAAGGGACACACUGAGGCAGGAGAGGAAACAUCAAAAGAGGAUUUCAAGCCUGCUCCUGUUGAAGAUCCCAGUGAGAACUGGUUUAAAGGCUUUAGACAUGGAUCACAUGCUUCCACCUCUCAGUUUAAGUUUGGUGGUGCAAGGAAUAAGACACCUUCUGGGUCCCCUGAAUCAUCCCGCUGUGGGUCUCCUAUUUCUCCCAAAGCCUUUGGGAUGCCACAUAACAGAGCCUGGACAUAUGACCUAUAUUUGUAUCCCAGUCAGGAGGAAGCUUCAAUGGAAGAAGGAGAAGAGGAUGCUGAAAGGGAAGAGGAAGAAGAAGAAAUGACACAAGAAGAUCUAUCCCAUAUGGAGGAUGUAAGUGAACCAAGUUUUCCAUCCAGACAUUCCAGCAAUUGGAGAAAACCCCCAUUAUCCCCCAGGUGGGCGUGUAUGCACAGAGAACGUCCAUUUGGAUUCUGCAGGUCUCUUUCAUCCAGCAUGGAGAACAUGACUUUUUCUGGUGCACCCCUCAGUCCAACAAGGGGAUCUUUUCCAUCUCUUAAUGAAACGAUGAACAAGGCGUGCAUGUUUGACAGAAGAGGCUUUAGGGAUGAUACGUCUUUACAGUGCAGCAAGAGCCAAGAAUGGGCAAAGUCCCCAGACUCCUCUCAAGACCUAGACAGCAGAGGCAAAAACCACAACAGGAAGACAGUAAAGAUAAAAGAGAGCUCUGCAGAUCCAGAGAGCUUAGAGUCCCGCUUGUCUGAUGCCUUGUGGAGAAGACGCCGAAGGUUUAUUGGAGAACCUUUAUGUUGGUCAGCUUCAACCAGCCUCAGUCAGCUCAAUUUUGAUCCCACUGAUUUGAUGCAGAAGCAAGCAUUUUCCCAUCAGGAGAUGUGGAGCCCCACUCAUUCAGCAUGGAACAGCUGGGCCAGAUCAAUGAGCCGCAAGUCUUCUGUGCAGAGCGGAUUUGCUCCCGAAGCCAAGAGCUCCUCCUUCCAGUCCAGUGACAAUCUAUACCCACACUUUUCAGCCAUGGAGCGAAACAAUCUGAUGAGACUGGCUCACAGCAUUCCCUUUACUCCUGUUUCCAUUUUGGGAGGUGAAAAAGUGAGUGUCUUCUCUCUGGAGGAAGUACACAUUGAAGCUGAGUCCAGCUCAGUCUCUAGCUGGUCCUCCAGAGGUCUGUCUGCGCUGCUUAAGCCGCUCUCUAGUGAGGAGGGUUCCCUGGACGGGGGUCUCCGGCAGGGCUGCAGAAUGCUGUGUACCUGGGCAGAACAGGACGUGCUCAAGCUUGGUCAGAUAUAUGUGGUGAAAGCCUUUAAGCCGGAGGUGAUUCGUGCUUGGCAGAGGUACUUCCAUGGGUGCACCGCACUGCAGCUUUGUUUAAGGGAGAUCCAGCAGCAGAGAGCAGCUCAGAAAAUGAUGCAAGUGUUUAACCAGAUCAAACCUGAUGAUAUGCAUCACUCACCAAGAUUUCUAGAUGUUUCCCUGGCCCUCUGGCAUACUAAUGGCCAGUGGCUGACUAUUGAGAGAAAUCUGAAUGGCAACUUCAGGAAAUACAACAACAACACAGGGGAAGAGAUCGCCCCCUGCUGUUCACUGGAGGACAUGCUGUUGGCGUUUUCCCACUGGACAUACGAGUACACACGCAGAGAAAUGCUGGUGCUUGACAUACAAGGAGUAGGAGACGAGCUGACUGAUCCGACAGUCAUUAUGGGUGAUGACCAAAGCUGUAACAGGGGUGAAAUGCUCUUUGGUCCUGAUAACCUUGGAGACGUUGCCAUUAGUGCCUUCCUGCAGAAACACUCCUGCAACUUCUGCUGCCGCAGACUGGGUCUGAAAGAUUUAAGGAGGCACCCAGACAGCUGCGAGAACAGCAGCGAGGCAGAGCUGAUGUCGGGGAAAGAAGAACGAGACAGCGAUGGAAACGCGAUGUAACGUUUGACCGAGGAAGGAUGAAGCAGGAACAAAAAAAAAAGACACACGCACUUUAUCUAAAAAAUGUUUUUUUGAAACCAUAUCAGCCCUUAUUUGUUUACAGUGUAAACUGCCUGAUAGGAUUAUUGGAUUUUCUGAAUUUGAACUAAAAUUACUAAUAUUCACAUAUGAAUAUAAAGCGAAUAGAGAGACAACCAAAAAGGGUAAUAACAUUUAAUGACAUUUUCUGUAUUUUUUUUAAAUACAUAACUGAAUUAUUGUAAACUUGCACACUAUUUGUUGUUGUAUCUUGAAUCAAUAAUAAAAAACUGUUUAAAUAAAAAAUAGAAAAAGGCA